AUGGCCAACAUAUUGACACUUCCAUCUGCGUGUGACUUCCACAUUCAUUUGCGUCAAGAUGACCUGAUGAAAAUGAUAGUUCCUCGUAUAUUGGAAGGCGGUGUAUCUCUAUGUUAUGUCAUGCCAAACCUCAAACCACCAAUAACGAAAACAGACCAAGCACUUGCGUACAAGGCCCAAUUGGAACAACUUGCACCGAAUGUGACCUUUUUAAUGACUCUCUAUCUCACCCCGGAAUUAACACCAGAAGAAAUACGUAAAGCAAAAGCCCAUGGAAUAGUUGGCGUGAAAUCGUAUCCGAGAGGAGUAACUACAAAUUCUGAUUCGGGUAUCGAGUCCUAUACUACGUAUUAUGACGUAUUCAGAGCAAUGGAGGAAGAGGGUUUGGUUUUGAACUUACACGGUGAAGUACCAAGUGACGCGGAUAACGAUAUAUGCGUGUUGAACGCAGAGGAAAAAUUCCUUGUGCAUUUGAAGCAACUGCAUCAUGACUUUCCUCGACUAAAAAUCGUCUUGGAACAUGCUACAACAAAAGCAGCUGUGGACAUGGCAAACGAUUGGGCAGGCAAACCACAUAACUUCUGCAAGCCUGUCGCAAAGUUUCCCCACGAUCGCCAAGCAUUACGAGAUGUUAUUUUAGAAGGUCAUCCUCGGUUCUUUCUUGGUACUGAUUCGGCACCUCAUCCGGACAACCUAAAAGAAUGCGCGCAAGGAGCAGCUGGUGUAUUCACUAGUCCAUUGACAAUGUCAUAUCUUGCUACAAUUCUAGAGUCUUUCGGAGCCCUGGACAAAUUGCAUGGUUUUGCUUGUGUAUAUGGAAAGAGAUUUUAUGGUGUGAGUGAGAAACAAGGUGGCGGACGCGAGGUACGUCUAUUGAAGGAAAGUCUAACUGUCCCAAAGAAUUACGAGUAUGGGGAAGAUGGCAAUGCGCAAAAAGGACGAGUUGUUCCCUUCCUGGCGGGGCAAGUCCUGAAUUGGAAAGUUUGUCUAUGA